GAGCGGACAAACACAGGACAUUCACAAGAGAAGUGAGAACAGCAAGGACUAAUAACUGAAUAUUACUGAUCGUAUCAUCAAUUAUAUGCUUCUAGGAAGGGAAAGAAGCCCAGGUCACCGCACGGCUCAGGGAGUGACAUCACAUCUCACACAACCUAAUGGCUUCCAAGGAGAGCCAGAUGACCGCCACGCUCCUGACUUCCAUCCUGGCAGCUGUGUUCGGCUCCCUCCAGAUCGGCUACCACACAGGCAAUGUCAACGCCCCAGCAAGGAUCAUCGAGGAGUUCUUCAACCACACCUGGUGGUCCAGACAUAAUCAGUCGAUGCCAGAUCACAGCCUGACCUUCCUGUGGUCCCUCUCCGUCAGCAUCAAGGACUUUGGAGCCCUGCUGGGGUCACUAGGGGUCAAGUGUCUGGCUGACACCUUCGGCAGGCGUAACUCCAUCCUGAUAGUGAAUGCCCUGUCGGUGGUGGGAGCCUGUCUGAUGUUUGCCUCUAAGGCCAAUGAGUCCUUUGAGAUGCUGAUCGUUGGCCGGCUGGUGUUCGGUCUGUUCUGUGGCCUUGUGAUGAGUCUCAACCCUCUCUACAUCCAGGAAGUCUCCCCCACCAACCUCAGAGGGGCCUUCGCUACCCUCAAUCAGGUCUCCUUCGCUACGGGCAUACUCCUGGGCAUGGUAGCUGGUCUUGAAACAGUGCUGGGGACGAAAGAGCUUUGGGCUAUGAUGUUAUCCCUGUCUCUGAUACCUGCCCUGCUACAGUACCUGGCCCUCCCCUUCUGCCCUGAGAGCCCCAGAUACCUGCUCAUCAACCGCGGUCAGGAGAGCCAGGCAGAGACUGCCCUGUGGCGUCUGAGAGGCCCGUCAGACGAGGUGUUCACGGAGCUGGAGGAGAUGAAGCAGGAGGCGGCUCACACCCAAUCAGCCCUCACAGUAAAGGAGUUCUUCACGAAACGCUCCUACCGACAGCCAAUCAUCAUCGUCCUCAUCGUUAAUCUGGGCUCCCAGCUCUCAGGCUUCAACGCGAUCAUCAAUUAUUCCACCAAGAUGUUUGACAAGGCUAACUUUGACGAAGCCAAGUAUCUGACGCUGGGGGUGGGGGCCGUGAACGUGGCCUUCACUCUGGUGGCGUUCUUCCUGAUGGAGAGGGCGGGGCGUAGGAAACUACUGCUGACUGGCUUCCUGUGUCUAGCUGUGUGCAACCUCUCCAUGACCGUCAUAGACUCAGUCCUGUUCCUUGUCCCAGAGCUGCGUAGCCUGCAGGUGUUGGUCGUGUUCUUCCUGAUCUCAGCCUAUGAGGUGGGACCUGGUCCUAUUUCCUGGUUCAUCGCUGCAGAGCUGUUUGACCAGCCAGCCAGACCAAUCGCCAUGGCCUUCACCAGCAUGCUCAACUGGGGAGGGAAGUUCAUGCUGGCCCUGCUCUUCCCUCCACUACUGAAACUGUGUGGUGCUUAUGUGUACCUCCUCUUUAUGACCAUGGCUCUGACAGCCUUCAGCUUCACUUGGAGACGCCUACCUGAGACCAAGGGACGCACCUUCGAUGACAUCGCAGCCGAGUUCCGAGAGUCCGAGGGCAUCCCCCUGCACAUUAAGACUGGUUUCAACACCUUCCCCUGACCUGACCGCCCUGGCCCCCCUCUCACCUUACCCCCUCCACCUACCCAGAGGUCGGAGGUUGUACUGGGGGGUCACCGAGGUCUUCUUGUGUUCAACCUUCGCUUGGGACAAAUGUUUUAUUGUAUUUAACCUUUUGCUUAACCAGGUAGUCAGAACACGACCUCUAACACAAGGGAGACAUGGUGGGACUGAUACAGGACUUCAGGUGGUGGCCUCCCUCCGUUUUCUGACGACGUGUACAUUUAUAAACAUCAAAAAUAAGAUUUCCUCUGUUACUGUAGUAGUCACGCAUAUGUAUCAUAAAAUUGAUAAAUAUUAUUAUCUUUAUUGUUGGAUUGAGGCAUUACGAUAACUUGUUUUCAGAUCCAUAUCAUUGAAUAUUAAAAGUGAAGCUCCUGUAUAAAAGAGAUUAUAAGAGUCUGGAUCUCCUGUCUAUAAGACUUUAUAAGAGUCUAAAGCCCCUGUCUAUAAGACUUUAUAAGAGUCUAAAGCCCCUGUACCUGAUGAAACAUUGAACUUCUUGUGGCGUGGUUCUCCUCCAUUGGACAGAAGCGUUCCUCACAACUAUCAACUAUUUGCCUCUGAGCAGCUUCACCUAAGCAGUAAGGUCAACACUUUACAGUAAGGUACCAUUUGUAAAGAGUCUGUAAAGGUUUAAGUGAUUAUUUAAGCAUUUAUAAAUGCAUUAUAAACCAUUAAUAAGUAAGGGAUAAUCAACGAGGGGUUUUUGGGAAAAUAAUGAUUGACGUGGAACAAAACUUCCACAGAGUUACAUUAUUUUCCAGAGAACGCAUAGAGCCCCUCGUCCCUUAUAUACCGAGGCUAUGGACAGGUUGGUUGUUUAGCAACAGAACUGAAACGUGCACAAUUACAGAGCAAAACAGACGAGGUUAGAAUGUUUUACAACAUGUAAUAUAAUUUGUCUCUAAUGUUUUAUUGAAAACAUAAAUACAU